UUUCUUUAUCAGCUCGUUCUAGUAUUCUACAACUUCAUACAUAUCCAAAAGCGAAAAUUCCGUCUCACUUGAGUGAAUUGCCAGAUUUUUGUUUGCAGGUUUCUUUCUCUCUCCACAUCUGCUGAUUCGUGCGCUAUUUCUGAGUCUUCGCUGAGGAAGGAAAGUAGCUUGAAACAUGUCAGAUGAUGUUGAGUAUCGAUGCUUCAUUGGUGGCCUGUCAUGGUCAACAUCUGAUCGUGGUCUCAGAGACGCAUUUGAGAAAUUUGGACAUCUUCUUGAGGCAAAGGUGGUUGUGGACAAGGUCUCAGGGCGUUCUCGCGGAUUUGGAUUUGUCACUUUUGACGAAAAACAAGCUAUGGAAGAGGCCAUUGAGGCCAUGAAUGGAAUUGAUUUAGAUGGUCGAACCAUAACUGUUGACAAAGCUCAGCCUCAGCAAGGUUCAGGCAGGGAUUAUGAUAAUGAUCGCUCACGCGAUCGUGAUCGUGAUCGAGGACGUGCAUAUGGAAGUGGGCGGGGAAAUGGCGGCGGCGAGUGUUUUAAGUGUGGCAAGCCAGGGCACUUUGCUAGGGAGUGUCCUAGUGAGGGGGCGACAGGUGGUCGAUAUGGGGGUAGAGAUGAUAGGUAUGGCGGCCGUGGUGGUGGCAGAGGUGGUGGCCGAUACGGCCCUGAUCGUAAUGGAGAUCGAUUUGGAGGGCGUAACAGGGAUGAUGGUGGUCGUGGAGGAGGUGAUCGAUAUGGCCGCGACCGCACUGGGCCUUAUGAUCGCCGUGCCUCUGGGGGUUUCCGAUCCGGAUGAAGAUUUUAAGGUCCUCAGGCUGUGGGUGCAGUUAUCAUGAUGAAGUCUUCUCCUGGUAGCUCCUCAAAAUGGAUCAAACUUCUGAAAGUGUGAAAGUGGCUAAUAUGUACUGUGUUGUGUUCCUGAAAUGUUCUCUAGUUUUGUUCGUCGGGUCCUUAUAUUGCUCCGUGUGCAACUCCAAUCUGACCGUACACUUUUGAAUGUUAUUUUACUGCUGGUUGUGGUUGUCUGCUUCCUUGCUUACACUGCUACUAAGUGAUGCUGGAUUUGUAUA